GAAGGGCCGGCGGUGGGAAAGAUGGCGGCGGCUCCGAGACCCUCCUGGUGGCAGCGGUGGCGGCGGCGCGCGUGGGCUCGGGACGGGGCCAGGCUUUUGCUCUUUCUCCUUCUGUUGGGGUCUGGGUCUGGGCCGGGGCCGCUGCAUGUCAGGGCGGGUCAAGCGGUGGAGUACUUGAAACGGGAGCACUCGCUGUCGAAGCCCUACCAGGGUGUGGGAACAAGCAGUUCUUCGCUGUGGAACCUGAUGGGCAACGCCAUGGUGAUGACGCAGUAUAUCCGCCUCACUCCAGAUAUGCAAAGUAAACAGGGUGCCUUGUGGAAUCGGGUGCCAUGUUUCCUGAAAGACUGGGAACUGCAGGUGCACUUCAAGAUCCACGGCCAAGGGAAGAAGAAUCUGCAUGGAGACGGCUUGGCAAUCUGGUACACAAAGGACCGAAUGCAGCCAGGGCCUGUGUUUGGAAACAUGGACAAAUUUGUGGGGCUGGGGGUGUUUGUAGACACCUAUCCCAAUGAGGAGAAGCAGCACGAGGCCCAGAAGAGGCGCUAUUCCCCAGGAGUUCAGCGGGUAUUCCCCUACAUCUCAGCCAUGGUGAACAACGGCUCCCUCAGCUAUGAUCAUGAGCGAGACGGGCGGCCCACGGAGCUGGGGGGCUGCACAGCCAUUGUCCGAAAUAUCCGUUAUGACACCUUCCUUGUGAUUCGCUAUGUCAAGAGGCAUCUGACGAUAAUGAUGGACAUUGAUGGCCGACAUGAGUGGAGGGACUGCAUCGAGAUGCCUGGGGUGCGGCUCCCCCGGGGCUAUUACUUCGGCACAUCCUCCAUCACUGGGGAUCUCUCUGAUAACCAUGAUGUCAUUUCCCUGAAGUUGUUUGAGCUGACUGGAGUGAGGACCCCAGAAGAAGAAAAGCUACAUCGAGACGUGUUCCUGCCCUCAGUGGACAAUCUGAAGCUGCCGGAGAUGACAGAACCACCAACGCCCCUGAGUGGCCUGGCUCUCUUCCUUAUUGUAUUUUUCUCCUUGGUGUUUUCCGUAUUUGCCAUUGUCAUUGGGAUCAUACUCUACAACAAAUGGCAGGACCACAGCCGGAAACGCUUCUACUGAGCCCGCUGCUAUCAGCCCCUCCACAGCCAUGAGGUGUGGGUGUGAGCACACAGCCUGUUGUUCAGGGACCCUGCAUCCUCAUGGUCGUACACGGGGACAUCUCACUGGCCCAGGCUACCACCCGCGGGGCCAAGCGGCUGUGGUGUGCCUUUCCUUGGAGUCCUUCCACUUAGGGGUGAAGAGACAUGGAUGGAGCACUAUCUAUUGUGAUGCCUCGACUACAGAAUCAGGCCGGCAGCCCAGGCGCAGACUGGACACAGCAGGCCUUCCACUGCAUUUUAAAACUCCCAAGUAGAAAACCAGAACUUGUACCCUCUGGAAAAUCGCUUACUAGAUUUUGCUUUUGCUCACACCUCUUUCUACUUCAGGAGCUCCUUGGCAGCCUGGAUGGAGACUCUCCCGCCCCUGCCUGUCUCCCUCCACUCACCACCCUCCUUAUCUGCAUCCUCAGCUAGGGAAGCAGCCUGCUGCUUACAUCAGGCAGCCCUGUGUUUCUUGCAGUAGCUCAUUGCUUCAGCCUCUUCUCUGCUGGGUGGAUCUUGUUUCUGAAUGUUGCUGGGUCUUCAGCUUCCUUGCCAACCCUUCAGGCCUUUGGAUGGUUUGGCUAAACGUUGUUACAAAUCGAGAGAUGCGUGGACAAUUCACAGAUGUGAGGUUAACUGUGAAAUCAUCCCGGUCCAGGCGUGCCUCAGAGCUAUUGGCUGCAUCUGACCAUGUGGAGUUUCUCGACUUGCUGGACCCUGCUUAGUCGCAUGCUUUGUGUUUGUCCUGAUUCUUGGGAUCCUGCUUUGAAUGUUGGAAGUGAAAUGCACCUUUCUUCUUAUUCCCUGGACUUGGACACACCCCUGAGACAUUUGGCCUCUCAAUGAGAAGAAACAGUUGGUGAUCUCACGUUACAAAUCUCUGAGAGCGAAAGCCCUUCAUCCUCUGUGCCUGGAAAAGCUCUGGUCAUCGAGCAGCAGCACAGCUUGAGUGGCCUUGUGUGUCACCUACUACACUGCCUUAUUCUACGAGUGUCACAUGCUGCUCACCUAUCCGCCCUGUGGUUAAAUUGGUUACAGGCUAGUCUCAAUGGAGGGCCUGACACAGUUCUCUGUAGCCUGAGGAAAAGUCUUCAUAAAGUAGCCGAUGAAACCAAUCAUGAA